ACCUAAGUUUCAUUAGGGUAUUAGUCGUAGACAGCUGAAGGAGGUCUACUUUGAUAUUUGCGUAACAUGUAGUUGUUUUCUUUUUUUCCAAAUGGCUGUACUAGUUAACACCUUCGCAAAACAUGCAACAGACGUGACCUCGUGUAGCUUUUCACCUAACAGUAAAGUUUUAGCUUCAAGUUCUGGGGACAAAUCGAUUCGAUUGUGGAAUAUUGAAAAUGGAAGCGAGUUGUCGGUGUCACCAUUGCUUGGGCAUACAUACAGUGUAAACUCUUGCAGUUUCUCGCCGUUUGGAACUAUACUUGCAACAGCCUCGACGGACUGUAGUGUUUUCCUCUGGGAUGUUGAUUCUGGUUCUAUGAUUACGGUUCUGCAAGGACAUAAAAACGUUGUUCGCGUAUGUCGGUUUUCACCAAACUCUCGAUUCCUCCUUACCGGUUCUGCGGAUGAAACGUUUUGUAUUUGGGAUGUAUCUUCUAAAAAGCUCGUCAAAUGCGUGGAUGGAUUGGAAAGUAGUGUGUUGACUUGUUGUUUUACGCCAGAUAGCUUACACAUAGUGACUGGAACGAGUAUGGGAGAUUUGUGUAUCUGGGAUGCUCAGAGUGGAAAAAUGAUGAAGUUCUAUGCGGAAGGACACGAUUUAGGAGUAGCUGACUGUUGCUUCUCGCCAACUUUUGGAUCAGCUAAGGGCCCAGUGCAUGGCAUUGCUAUGUCACCAAAUGGCAAAAUCAUGGCAUCAGGGUCUUCAGACAAGUUAGUUAUCCUUUGGGAUCCAUUACUGGGAGUAUCAUUGCUAACAUUGGAGGGGCAUACAAGGUAUGUAAAUUGUUGUGCAUUUUCUUUGGAUGGGAACUGGAUGGCAACAGGAUCAAAUGACAGAACGGUGAAGCUGUGGAAAAUUUGUUUAACUGAGAGUGGUGAACUGGACCAGUCAGGCAGAUCAACAACAAAGCCAAUUCUUCAGAGUACACCAGUGAAGAAACAGGAGCCUCAGGAACCCAAGAAACAAAGGAAGAAACUUGUGACAUGGAGUAUUGAUGAUGUCUGUAGCUGGCUUAUUUCACUGGAUCUUGAUAUUUACUGUGAAUCAUUCCGUCAGAAUGCCAUUGAUGGAAUGGAGCUGUCCAAUAUGACCAGUGAAGUGUUGGCAUCAGACCUUGGUAUUGGUCCAGCUGGUCAUCGAAAUAAAAUUUUGCGAACAGUUAAGGAAAUUAAGAAGGAGGAACUAGAGGAAGAUAUACCUGAUGAAUUUCUGUGUCCCAUAACAAGAGAAAUCAUGACUGAUCCUGUCAUUGCCGCAGGUUGGCACAGUUUCUGGUUUUUAAUUACGUUUUCUUCUUAGUUGGAAACGUGGUAGCCCCGUGGUUAUGUAACUUGUUUCUGGAUGUAAGGACAAGGGUUUGAACCUUGGCCGGGUUACUUAGCUUUUUUCAGAGGGUGGGUUGGGCAAACCGUUAGGGAAAUUUGAUGAAAUGUGAGAGGGGGGAGCUCUCUUUCUGAUGGUGGAGAUCAAUAUUAAGUGAUUUC